GUGUCUUUUCUUAAUGUCACAGCUUCCUGGAUUCAUGUGAUUGUGUUAGAAUCUCAGCUUUAGUUUGAAUAAUAAUAAUAAUUUAAAAAAGCAUCUAUCCUCCAAGGUGGUGGAGAAACGCUUGAAAACAUGGCUCCUAAAGAUUCAAAAACCCAAAGACCCACCAACCAAGAAAACUGACUUGACAAGUGCUGUCCUGUCUUCUCAAGAGAGCCGCUGAAGAUUCAAGAAUUGCUGAGAGGGGCGAUACUUAAAGAAAAAUGAGAGAGGUGGCAAAGCUCCCCCACCCCGGCAGCCUGGGACCGCGGCCGCGAGUCAGGGCGCGCGUUGUUGUGGCCGUGGCCCGCGUCCCGGGAUGUGGAGCCUUUCAGCGGGCAGGUGCUUUCUUACCCCACCUUGCUGAGCGGCUCUGUUUGUACGAGAAGCUAAAGGCUGCCUACGAUGAGCGAUGUGCAGACCGGGCGCAGAAGGCAGGUGGGCCAAUCCAGAUCUCCCUGCCCGAUGGCCAACAGGUGGAAGGAGAGUCCCUAAGAACCACGCCGUAUCACGUGGCGUCACAAAUCGGUCGGGGCCUGGCUGAGGGUGCGGUGGCCGCCAGGGUGAACGGGACCCUGUACGACCUGGAUCGCCCUCUGGAAAGCAACGUCGCCUUGGAAUUCUUGGGCUUUGAUUCUCCAGAGGGGCAGGCGGUUUUCUGGCACUCCAGCGCCCACGUCCUUGGAGCAGCAGCAGAGCGAGUCUACGGAGCCCUGCUGUGUCACGGGCCCAGCACAGAGAGCGGCUUCUUCUAUGACAUGUAUCUGGCUGGCCGAACCGUGCUGGGCAGCGAGCUCCCAGCCUUGGAGGAGGCAUGCAAGUCCAUCGUCCGAGAGAAGCAUCCCUUCGAGAGGCUGGAAGUGUCCCGAGAGGACCUGCUGGAGCUAUUUAAGUACAACAAGUUUAAGCUGCAGGUGAUCGAGGCGAAAGUGACGUCACCGACUGCUACGGUGUACAGGUGCGGGGAGUUAAUUGACCUUUGUCGAGGUCCCCACAUCAGAAACACGGGGAAGAUCCGAGCGCUGAAGAUCCUGAAGAGCUCCUCCGCCUUCUGGAAAGGAGACCCCGCUCUGGAGUCUUUGCAGCGGGUGUACGGGAUCUCCUUCCCCAGCCCCGUACGGCUGGAGGAGUGGGAGCAGCUCCAGGAGGAGGCAGCUAGCCGGGACCAUCGGAGGAUUGGCAAGGAGCAGGAAUUGUUUUUCUUCCAUGAGCUGAGUCCUGGAAGCUGCUUUUUCCUGCCCAGAGGAACUCAUGUCUACAACACCCUGAUAGACUUCAUCAAGAGCGAGUAUCGGAAACGUGGGUUCUCGGAGGUGGUCACCCCCAACAUCUAUAAUGCCAAGCUGUGGGAGCUGUCUGGCCACUGGCAGCACUACAGCGACCACAUGUUCUGCUUCCCGGUCGAGAACGAGACCUUCGCCCUCAAGCCAAUGAACUGCCCUGGUCACUGCCUGAUGUUCGCUCACCGGCCCCGCUCCUGGCGGGAGCUGCCCCUCCGCCUGGCUGACUUCGGGGUGCUGCACCGGAACGAGUCCUCGGGGACCCUGACCGGCCUGACCCGGGUGCGGCGUUUCCAGCAGGACGACGCUCACAUCUUCUGCACCCUGGGCCAGCUGGAAGGCGAGAUCGGCGGAUGCCUGGAUUUCCUGCAGGCCGUGUACUCCAUCUUCGGCUUCUCCUUCCACUUCUACCUCUCCACGCGCCCGGAAGGGUUCCUGGGGGACGCUCAUGUGUGGGAGCAGGCUGAGCAGCAACUGGAGAAAAGCCUCAAUGAUUUUGGGCAGCCUUGGGAGCUCAGUCCAGGCGACGGGGCAUUUUAUGGGCCAAAGAUCGAUGUUCAGAUCAAGGACGCCCUGGGCCGAUACCAUCAAUGUGCCACCAUUCAGCUGGACUUCCAAAUGCCCGUGAGGUUCGACUUGACGUACAUCAGCAAAGAUGGCAGCACGUCCGAGAGGCCGGUGAUGAUCCACCGGGCGGUGCUGGGCUCCGUGGAGAGGAUGCUGGCCAUCCUGGCUGAGAACUACAGCCGGAAGUGGCCUCUGUGGCUGUCCCCGUUCCAAGUCAUGGUGAUCCCAGUCGGACGCGACACGGAGGUUUAUGCCCGUGAGGUCCGCGAGACGUUCCACCAGGCAGGGUUCAUGGCGGAUGUCGAUGCCGACUGGAGUGCCACGCUGAACCGGAAAAUCCGGAAGGCUCAGCUGGCUCAGUACAAUUUCCAGUUGGUGGUUGGCAGGAAGGAGUUGUCCAGCCGCACCGUGAACGUCCGCACCCGCGACUCGAGGCAGCACGGGCAGCAUGGCCUGCAGGAGGUGCUGCUCAGGCUGCGGGAGCUGCGGGAUGCCCGGCUCAGAAACGCCGAGGAGCUGUUCUGAACCGGUCCCCGCCAGGCGUGUCAUGGGCUCGCCUCUCCAGGGGAAGCAGGCAGCGAUGAGUGGCUGCCUGUCCGAGUCGGUGAUGGAGCAGACAAGCCAGGUGCCAGCGGUCUGGUCCGUAGGAUUGGGCUGGGCUUGCCAAUGGGUGUCAGGCGUCUGUGACUAGCCCUGUCUCUUGCCACGGGUUCGGUGACACAGGGAGGCUACGCCAGCUGCUCUCCAGAUGUCCAUCACCUUAUGGCGUCGGUGCAGACCCUACACGCUCCUGCAAUCUACCGGAGCUGCGUUCACUCCACAGACCAAGGGCAGGAGCCACUUUAGGGGCUGGCGGUUACUGAGAGGCGCCCCUCUCCUCCCAGCGAGACGGGGAGAAGAAAUGCACGCUGAUGCUGUAGCCUAGCAGGGGCUGGACCCCCCCCCCCCCCGAGUCCCCCUUCCCCCCACCCCCCAGCUGGAGGAAGAUGGUUCCUGGGAUGUGCAGGCCUGGCCUGCUGGCUCCGGUCACUCACUCAGUCUUACUCUUGUGGACUUGGGUCCCCGGGGCCGAUUAAAAUGUGUUAUCAAGUCAA